UAACCAAUUGGCCCCGAAAACGUUUGUGAUUGGCUGCGGCGCUCGGUUUGAAUGUUGCAGUUCGGAUGUUGGUUCAGCAGAUGUGGUGAUCGCCGCAGACGGUACCGGAGGGUGAGACUGUGAUCGCGGGAGUUUUUCUCGGUCAGUGUUUCCCAACCAGGGUGCCUCCAGCUGUUGCAAAACUACAACUCCCAGCACGCCCUGACAGCUGAAGACUGGUUUAUAAUCUAGAUCGGGGACUCUGGUUUGUGGCUUCUUGUAAGAUGGGAAUAGCGGAUUCCAGAGCGCAGCCGGUGACUCCAUCUCGUCCGCUGAUAAACCGCCACCUGUCGAACGUGGUCGACCCCCGCUCCCCCUCGGUGGGGAUCCCCAGGACGCCCAUAGAGGUCGGGGAGUCUCCGCGCCGCUCACCCGCGGCAGUACCGGAGGAAGAAAUGGCUGCGCCUGUUGUGAUGAAUGACCCGCGAUCACCCACACAGGGGAUCGUACGCACCCCCCUGCGCCCUUCUCUACACGCCUCCUUGAACCUUCUGGCUAAGCAGCUCAGUGAGGUCUUUGUCUCGGAGGAUUCUGGGAUUGAGGGCAGCUCGGAGGCCGAGAAAGUUGAUCCGGCUCAGGCUCCGGAAGACCAAGCGGCGAGUGAAGCACCCCCUGCGCCUGUUGAGGAGGAAGUAAAGGAGCCGGAGGCGGCCGAAGAACCGGCUAUCCUUCCUACCGCAACUCCAGCCGAGCCGCCUCCACCCAUCGCUCCCCAACAGAAACCACGGGGCAAAUCUCCACGUGCGACAGGUACAAAGAACAUUCGCCAGCGACCCAAGAAAGCGUUAGUGUCCACCGCCAAUGGCAGAUCGCCAUUGAAAAUCCUGCAGGAAGACAACUCGCCCAGCACGGCUAUGCAUAAUAGACAGGUGAAGAAGAUCCCCUUCCAGUCUGAACAGCCCUCUAUCAGGAACCUGAAGAUCUCUCACUGCGGCUGGGAAUUGUCCCAUAAUAAGGAGAACGCCCAAUACACACAGAGCGAGAGCUGAGCCCCCCCAUAUUCCAGAUGAUGGGUGUGCGUAUAUCUGUAUACUGUGCUCUCUGUACUCGCUGCUGCCUCUAUACUUGUACACUACUUGUGUAAAUAUUUCUUAUCCUGUGUCUGUGAAUUUCAAUGUUGGACCAAAAUAAAAGUGAUUUUUAUUAGUGACGUCUGUUCAUGG